UUGCAGAGUUUGUACAGAAACGACACUGCGGUUGGAAGUGUUUUCACCUUCAUGUUUCUUUGCCAGCCUCUGAGGAAUUCAAAAAUUCAAACGAUGUUCCAAGGGAAAGCAACUAUUAACAACUCCCUGCAUCUGGGAAUUAAAGUUGCGAUCUGCUGCCAAGAAGUGACAUGCUGACCAUAUUUUCAUUCAAUUUUUAAAUUGCUGUGAUUCAUUAAUGAAAAGGAAAAUAUGGACAUGGGUCAACAACAUCCAUCUUUGAUUAAGGUUCAAGAAAUUCAGAAGGAAGUACAAGAAGCUAAACGACUUGUAUCAUCAUUCAGUGGUACACAGGCUGAUAAAGAAUAUAAGCACUUGGAGAGCUUGUUGACCAAGUUGCUAUUUGAGUUAGAUGCAGUAGAUACAGACAGCAAGUCAGAAAUUCAGUAUGGUCGCAAAAAUGCCAUAAAAACUGUGGAGGAGCUAUUGAAAGAGCUGGAGCAAGCUGCAACUCACCCAUCACGGCUAAGAGUGGAAAAUGUCUUUAGUGAUGCACAGCGGCUGGUUACCAGUGAAUUAUCUUCUGCUGGGGGAUUGAUAACUGAAGAGUUUGCUGAUCAGAUCCAAGAAAUAAUUUUUCAGCUAACGCAGGUAAAAACAGGAGGGAAAAUUGGUUUGAGGAAAGCCAGAUAUCGAGCACUAACAAGAAUUUGUGCUGUUCAGGAUAUCAUUGAAAACUGCAUUGGUCGGCAAGCAUUAAGUUUACCUCUAUCCACAAAUACACAUCCUUCUGUUUCUAAGAUCAAUUCUGUUUUAUUUGAAGUUAGCAAAGCAAGGUGUGAUGUAAUUGGCCUGUUACUGAGCCUAAAUGCCAUGGAAAAUUGUGCACACCUAUCCCGAGUCCUCACUGGUUUGUUAAUGCAAUUGGAUGCAAUAGAUGUGGCUGGAUACUUGGAAGUAAGGAACUAUAGGAAACGUGUGGUGCAUGAGAUCAAUUGCUUACUGGGACAUUUGGAGAUGGAAUCCGAGGGAGAGUCUUCAGGAAGUUAUGACUUAACUCAGAAUCAGUCUAUCAAACGUAUAGAAGAAAUACGUCUGAAGACAACACAAUUGAAACAUCAGCUGUUGCAACAGGAAAAUGCCUCUGAUUUGCAUUUCAAACCACAUACUGAACUGCAAAGUCUUCUCACAGAAUUGGAUCAAAUAGACAUUGACAAAAAUCCAUGUAUCCGUGAAGCUAGGAGAAGAUCUGUAGUUGACGUGCAGGCUGUGAUCGCUUAUCUUGACCUGAAGGAGUUUCUUGAAAAGGGAGAUAACAUGACGGAACAGCUAAGAGAUGAACAUCCGUCACUGAAGGCUAUAUGGGAGGUCCUAAGUCACUUGUCCGAAUUUCAGAGGCAAGCCCUGUCUUUUGAUGGAGCUAGAACUGACAAGAAUUAUGUGAGACUGGAAGAAAUGCUCACAAAACAACUUCUAGCACUUGAUGCUGUGGAAACCCAAGGGAAUGACAGUGCUAAGGUUGCCAGAAAACAAGCAGUGAAGUUUGCACAGAAUAUUCUUAAUUACCUAGACAUGAAAACAGAUGAAUGGGAAUAUUAAAUCGUAGUUCUCGAUCAGUAGAGUUGCUUUUGUGCCUUCCUUUGCACUAUUUUUAAUUGCUUAAGAAAAUUGUUCAGGUUAUUUUGACAGUUUCAUGCAGAUUAAACUCCCAUCUCAUAUUAUCAUCAUUUCAUAAUAUUGCACUUUGAGUGCAAUAAGUGAACAUUAUGACAGUUUUGAAUGUUUCAUUAAGAUAUCAUUGAGAGCACCUUAAAUGUCAUUUAAUAAUGCUUAAUAAAAUUAGAUUUAAAUUACAGAUGAGAAUUUGAAGAUGCUUGUUGCUGUAAAUUUCAAUAAAUUUGAAAUAUAAUGUUUCAUAUUUUACCAAAAAUGUAUAAUUUGAUGGGAUAUUUAAACUGGGAUUAAGGAAAAUGUUAACACCGCCAUCUAACUACUCCAUAGUUACAUAGAACUGUACAGCACAAGAACCUUUCUUUUAGCCCAUGGUGUCUGGGCCAACUGUGAUACCAAAUGAAACUAAUCCUAUCUGCUUAUACAUGAUCCAUAUCUUUCCAUUCCUUUUGUGUUCGUGUGUCCAUCUAAAUGCCUUAUAAAUGCCACUAUCAUGUCUGCCUUACUCCUGGCAUUUUCCAGACACUAAGGACUCAAUGCUGAAAAAAAACUUGCCCAAUGCACUGUAUCUCCCUUAAGUGUUUCUCCUCGCAUCUUAAAGCUAUGCUAUCUGGUAUUUGAUAUUUCUACCUUGGGAAAUAGACUCUAUCUGUCUCUCAUAGUGUAUAACUUGUCAAGGCUCUCCCCCAGACUCCGACACUGUAAUGAAAACAAUCCAAGUCUUUCUAACCUCUCAGUUAGUGUGGGAAUCUUGUGAAGCUUGAGGGAAGUUAUUUUGGGCACUCGAGGCUACAAUAGUUUGUACUACAAUGGUAACACAAGUGGAUACAUCAACCAAAACUAUAUUAAUAUACUCUAGCCAUCACAUUUAUAUCUGAUGCCUCAAGGAUGAGAACCCUUUCGAGAGAGAAAUGAGACAUUUAUUUAAUAAGAGACCAUAAGUAUAAUAUUUCAUACAAAUCAUUUGAACUCUGUCUUACAUUAUGUAUAAUAAUCAUUAUACAUAAUCAUUUUCACCAUCCUGAGGGAAUCAGAAUUCUGACGAGCAUGGAUAUAACAGAUGGUAGGGAAAUUUUCCCCUGAGAAGAGUGUGUAAAAACUAGAGGAUAGGGUUCAGGGUAAAGGGUAAGAGAUUUAGAGGGGAUCUAAGGAGGAAUUUUCACCCAGGGGACAAAUGCAUCGUGGAAACCCUCACAACAUUUGAGUAGCAUUUAGACAAAUGCUUGAAUUGUACAAACCCCAUUUCCAGAGAAUUUGGGGUAUUUUCCAAAAUGCAAUAAAAACAAAAAUCUGUGAUAUGUUAAUUCACGUGAACCUUUAUUUAACUGACAAAAGUACAAAGAAAAGAUUUUCAAUAGUUUUACUGACCUACUUAAUUGUAUUUUGUAAAUAUACACAAAUUUAGAAUUUGAUGGCUGCAACACACUCAACAAAAGUUGGGACAGAGUUAAAAUAAGAUUGAAAAGUGCACAGAAUAUUCAAGUAACACCAGUUUGGUAAGCAGGCUAAUUGGUAGCAGGUGAGGUAUCAUGACUGGGUAUAAAAGUAGCGUCCAUCAAAGGCUCAGUCUUUGCAAGCAAGGAUGGGUCGUGGCUCACCCCUUUGUGCCAAAAUUCAUGAGAAAAUUGUUAGUCAGUUAAAAAGGAACAUUUCCCAACUCAAGAUUGCAGAGAAUUUAGUACUUUCAACAUCGACAGUACAUAAUAUUGUGAAAAGAUUCAGAGACAUCUCAGUAUGUAAAGGGCAAGGUCAGAAACCACUGUUGAAUUUGCGUGAUCUUCGAGCCCUCAGGCAGCACUGCCUAAGAAACCGUCAUGCUACUGUGAUAAUUAUAGGCAGUACUUCGGAAAACUAUUGUCACUUAACACAGUCCGUCGCUGCAUCCAGAAAUACAACUUGCAACUGUAUUACGCAAGGAGGAAGCCAUACAUCAACUCUAUGCAGAAACGCCGGCGAGUUCUCUGGGCCCGAGCUCAUCUCAGAUGGACCGAAAGACUGUGGAACCGUGUGCUGUGGUCAGAUGAGUCCACAUUUCAGCUAGUUUUCAGAAAAAAACGGGCAUCGAGUUCUCCGUGCCAAAGAUGAAAACGACCAUCCUGAUUGUUAUUAGCGAAAGGUGCAAAAGCUAGCAUCUGUGAUGGUAUGGGGGUGCAUCAGUGCCCACGGCAUGGGUGAGUUGCAUGUAUGUGAAGGUACCAUUGACUCUGAGGCGUAUAUUAGGAUUUUACAGAGACAUAUGUUGCCAUCAGGGCGUCCAUGCUUAUUUCAGCAGGACAAUGCCAGACCACAUUCUGCACGGGCUACAACAGCGUGGCUUCGUAGACACAGAGUGCAUGUGCUUGACUGGCCUGCUGCCAGUCCAGAUCUAUCUCCUAUUGAAAAUGUAUGGCGCAUCAUGAAGAGGAGAAUCAGACAAUGGAGACCACGGACUGUUAAGCAGCUGAAGUCUUAUAUCAAGCAAGAAUGGACAAAAUUUCCAAUUGCAAAUUACUACAAUUAGUAUCCUCAGUUCCAAAACGAUUAAAAAGUGUUAUUAAAAGGAAAGGUGAUGUAACACAAUGGUAAACAUGCCUCUGUCCCAACUUUUGUUGAGUGUGUUGCAGCCAUCAAAUUCUAAAUUUGUGUAUAUUUACAAAAUACAAUUAAGUUGGUCAGUAAAACUAUUGAAAAUCUUUUCUUUGUACUUUUGUCAGUUAAAUAAAGGUUCACGUGGAUUAACAUAUCACAGAUUUUUGUUUUUAUUGCAUUUUGGAAAAUAUCCCAACUUUUCUGGAAAUGGGGUUUGUACAUGGUGAGAACCUAGAAGGCUAUGGACCAAGUGCUGACAAAUGGAUUUAAUACUGAUGGUUAAAUUGAUGCUCA